AUGCCUACACGCCAAGGUAUAAUGGACUAUCAGGAAAAAGAUGAGUUAAUGUUCGAUGAGUUUGGAAAUCUCUUGAAUGACGAUUCUGGCAGUUCAUCUGAUAGCGAGUCUGACAUGUCAUUGGACCAUGAAUCCACAGAAAACACUACCAGUACCGCAAUUGUGAAAUCGGAAGAAAGUAACACGAAUCUAUCACUUUCCAAAACAUUUGAUCCGUCAGUCGAAACUAUUAUUGCAUCAGUCGAUACAAAGUCUUUGAAUGAACCUAUUGUUGAACCCAAUGUUGAAAAAAAAUUCCUCAUAGAAGAAAGGAAUUUGCCCCAUACAGACUAUUCGAAGGAGUACAUGUGGAGGUUAACAUCCUUGCCUGAAAGAGUCAGAAAUGUUGCACUAUGCGGUAAUUUACAUGCUGGGAAAACAUCUCUUCUGGAUAUGUUAGUUGAACAAACACAUACGUUUGACAAUAAUGACAAGAGAGAUAAGGAAAAGCCCCUGAGAUAUACUGACAACCAUAUCCUUGAGAUUAAAAAGGGUAUCUCUAUCAAGAGCUCUGUGAUGUCCAUGCUUUUACCAGACAUGAAAGAUUCGUCAACAGUUGUUAAUUUUAUUGAUACUCCUGGUCAUUCUAAUUUUUGCGAUGAAAUUAUGGUGGGAGCUCGUUUAGCUGAUAUAAUAAUAUUGUGUGUUGAUGUUGUUGAAAGUGUAACUAAGACCGUGGAACUAGUGAUUGAAGCAGCACUGAAAAUGAAAACGAAGAUAGUUUUAAUGAUAACAAAAAUCGAUAGAUUACUGCUAGAACUUAGACUACCAACAUUAGAUGCAUAUUAUAAAAUCCGAAGAACUAUAGAACAAGUCAAUGAAACCAUAACGAAUAUUUGUCAGUCAUUGGACUUAAAUCCCAAUGAUGAGAAUGUGAGGCUAUCACCUGAAUUAGAUAAUGUUUGUUUCUCUUCUAGUGUUUUCAACCUUGUAUUCAAUUUGAAAAGCUUCACACAAAAAUACAUAGAACAGAACAAUUUGAGUAAGAACGUGAAGGUUACUGUUGAUUCAUUCUCUACUAAACUAUGGGGUGAUAUAUACUAUGAAAACAGGAAGUUUUUUGUCAAACCGAAAGACCCAUUGGCUUGUGCCAAUUCACGUACUUUUAUUAAGUUCAUUCUUGAGCCGAUUUAUAAGUUAGCUACAGUAUCGUUGACUCUAGAUGCACCAGAUCGUAAGGAAUUUACAGAGCAACAUAUGAAGCUCAGGAUGAAGAAUUACACAUACAAGCUUGACUCGAAACCAUUCCUGAAGCACAUUUUUACCGAAUUUUUUGGUUUUCCAUCAAAACCAUUACUAAGUGCCCUAAAAAAUACAGUAUCACCGAAGGAAAAUUCCGAUUCAAAGUUAGAAUAUUUAUUCACUGGACCAAAAAAUUCGGAUGUUGCCCAUUAUGUCCAUGAUUGUUCACCAUCCAACCCACUUGUUGCAAAUGUUGUAAAGCUGGUUGAUACUCAUGAUAGUGAGCACUUUUAUGCCUUAGUCAGGGUUUUCUCAGGUACAUUGAAGUGUGAAGAUACAGUUAGGCUAUUAGAUGAGAGUAACUCAUCCUUGGGUUCAGAUAGUUUCAAGAUGCAAAAAAUUAGCAAAUGUUACAUGUGGUGUGGACGAUAUCGAGUCGAAGUGACAGAACUGAGAGCAGGUUCUAUUGGUUUAAUAUCUGGUCCCGCAAUCGAUCAAUUUAUAGUCAAAACAGCCACCAUCUAUGAUAAAAGAAUUGAUCCAUCCUCGAACUUCACUUUCAAACAAUUAGAACAAACAAUUCCUCCGGUCUUCAAAGUUGCACUUCAGGCAUACAACCCCAAAGAAUUGAAUAAAUUUCUUGAUGCACUGAAAAAAUUGAAUCGUUCUUAUAUAGGUUGUGAAGUGAGUGUUGAAGAUAAUGGCGAACAUUCGAUUUUGGGCUACGGUGAGCUAUACAUGGAUUGCCUGUUACAUGAUUUGAGAAUUUUGUAUGGAGGAAUUGAUAUCAAAGUGAGUGACCCGAUGGUCCGAUUUAACGAAACAACUGAUGAGUUAUCCAAAAUUAAACUAACUACGAAAUCUAAUAAUGGAAAAAACUCUAUUUCUAUUAUUGCAGAACCGCUGGCACCAGAGAUUGCCAACGAUAUCAGAAGGGGUAUCUUAAGUUUAAGGAAUGAUCCUCCUAGGCAAUUUGCCAAAAAACUUAGAGAUAAGUAUAAAUGGGACUCUUUAGCAGCGAGAUCUGUAUGGAGCUUUGGCCCUGCUGAUACCGGGACUUCUAUUCUAUGUGAUGACACUCUUCCCGAAGAGGUCGACAAAGACUUAUUAAAGAGCUAUAAAUCUCCAAUAGUGAAAGGCUUCCAAUGGGCUGUGAAAGAAGGCCCCUUAUGUGAUGACGUUGUAAGUGAAGUUAAGUUCACAAUCAUUGAUGUUCAACUUGCACCGGAGUUAGCGGACAGAAACGACGCACAGAUCAUUCAAAUGGUUCGUAAGGCGUGUCACGCUGCACUUUUAAUUGGUGCACCAAAACUAUUGGAACCCAUUUAUCAGAUAGAAUCAAUAUGUCAUGUAGAUGCGCUAGGUGCGCUUGACCUGUUACUAGAGAGAAGAAGAGGGUUUGUAAUUGGUAAGGAGAGAAUUGAGGGAAGUUUAUUAUGGAAAGUCAACGGGAUUGUUCCUGUAAUUGAAUCUGUGGGAUUAGAAGUUGAUUUGAGAUUAUCAACAAGAGGUUUGGCAUAUCCGCAGAUGAUUUUUAGCAGGUGGGAUCGAGUACCUGGUAAUCCCUUGGAUGAUACUGUUUUUAUCCCCUUGUUAAAGCGUGUUCCACUGUCAUCAACUGCCCGUGACUUUAUGAUGAAAACUAGGAGAAGAAAGGGCUUAAAAGAAGACGUAUCUUUGCAAAACUAUGUUGAUAGAGAUACUUGGAAUAUGUUGAUGGAAAUUGGUGCAAUGUAG